AUGAUUAGAGCUCCAUCUAAUGAGACACCAGUUAAGAUAAGCAAUAGCCCAAGAUGGUACCCAUAUUUCAAGGACUGUGUUGGGGCAAUAGAUGGGACUCAUGUAUAUGCUGGAGUUCCAGCCAAGAUCCAAGCAACAUUUAGGGGAAGGAAGCACUACCCCACACAAAAUGUUCUUGCUGAUGUUGACUUUGAUAUGAAAUUUACUUAUGUCUUAGCUGGUUGGGAAGGGUCUGCUCAUGAUGCUACUGUUCUUGCUGAUGCACUAGAGAGGGAGGAUGGGUUAAGGGUUCCACCAGGAAAAUUCUACUUAGUAGAUGCUGGAUAUGCUUGUCGUCCUGGAUUCCUUCCUCCUUACCGUGGCACUAGGUACCAUCUGAAAGAGUAUGGUGCUAGGAACUACCCAACCAACCCAAGGGAGUUGUUUAAUUUGAGGCAUUCAAGUCUGAGAGUAUCUGUUGAAAGGGCUUUUGGUGCUUUGAAGAACCGUUUUCGCAUCAUUGAUAAUAAACCAUUUCAUCCCUACAAGACACAAGUCAAGUUAGUACUUGCUUGCUGCAUAUUGCAUAAUUGGAUACUUGGGCAUGGGGUUGAUGAGGUAGUUCCUACUGAGUUCUCAUGGGUGCCCAACAAUAAUGAUAGUCCUGGUCAUGGGGUCCAGAUGGAUGACAAUGCUGUUUGGGCUCAAAGAAUGGCUGAGGAGAUGAAUGCUGAGAUCCUUGCUGCUGAUGAGCUUGUGUUCCCUGGUGGGGCUGUUGGGGCUAUUGGGGCUGAUGGGGAUGAUGGCCCUGUUGGGGCUGUUGGGGUUGCUCCAAGUGCUGCUCAGCAGAGACCUGCUAUGAGGUGGACAGAUGUGAUGUUUGGAUUUAUUCUUCUCCGCAUGUGCCAGCUGAUUUCAACUGGUGUUAGGGCUGAUAAAGGUUUCAAAGAAGUCCACCUCAAUCAGGUUGCCAAGGCUUUGCAUGAGUUCAGUGGCAAUGAAGUCACUGGCAUACAGGUGUAUAACCACUUGAGAAAGUGGAGGCAGAGGUGGGUUAAAAUCUCAAAGCUGAGAGAGCUGAGUGGAGCCUUGUGGAAUGGGGACAGCUCCAUGAUUGUCCUUGAGGAGGAGCACUACAAUGGCCACAUCAAGUUUAAGUAUCUAACUUCAGUUGUGCUAAUGCUGGCACACCCCAAAGAUGCUGAGUACCUCAACAAGCCAAUUGUGUACUACCAGGAGAUGAUGGUCAUCUUUGGUAAUGGUCAGGCAACAGGUAAGUAUGCUAUGGGGUCAAAUGAGGCUCUUGGUAGUCCUUCUGAGUUUGCCUACAGCCCAAUGAAGCAUGACCUGCCUGAGGAGCUUACUCCUGGAAAGCCUGAGGCAGCUUAUGUGUCCAAGUCAGAACCACCUGUGGGAAGCAAGAGAAAGAGGUCCAUGCUGUCAGAUGAUGAUGUACUUGUGUUCACUGGCAUGACUGAUGUAGUGAACAAUGUUGCAGAUGUUAUACGUUCUACCAAGGUUGAGGAUUCCCACCCUGACUUGUAUGGUGCACUGAUGUACAUGCCAGGGUUCAGUGAGGAAGCUCUAAUGCUUGCAUAUGGUCACCUGCUUAACAAUAAGGCCCAGGGAUCUGCUUUUGUGCAGAUGUCUCACUCACACCGUGUUCUUUGGCUGAGUACCUACUUGGCCAAGAACAACUACAUGUGA